GGGAGAGGAGUUGGUUUAGGUAGACAGGCACUUUGUUUGGAGGUCCCACACCCAAGGGCACCUUGCUCACUAUGGGGAUUAAGAGAUGGCAGUAACGGCAGGCUGAACCCUCAAUAUUCUCGCUCAAAGGAAACUUGGCUAAGAGGUUAGACCUUGGUGACGGUGGCUUCUCCCUUUUCAGGCACUUCCUCACUGCUCUUAAAGGCUGUCUGGCCUCCAACGCUGUUCCCACCGAUGCAGUGGCCAUGUUUCUAGCUGAGCACCUCCAAAUAAUGACUACAGCUGUGGCUCAGUCCCCAUAAGUGGAUUUCAGCCGAGGCUGCAACACAGAGCUCAGCCCUCUGAGUCUCCCUGAUGCCUCGAUUCUGCCCUGGUCAUCCCCUUCUGGGUUUUGUGAGGCUAUUUAAGGAGUUAAGUUUCCCUCACUGAAACACAGAGAAGCGGCAUGGAAGAAAAUAAUGGCCGCAACGGAGAAGAAAUUUCUGAUUGACAUAAGUGGAGAAGUUCCCUUAGGAGCAUCAUGUACCAUCAAAGCAGGAGAGCCCCAGGUCAUCUCUUACUCUGCCUGUUUACGUGCUACGGCAAGAAGAUGUGUUUAAGGUUCCCAUAGCCUUGCGCCGCGAUUCGAUGCUCUGGGAAAAGCAGCCAUAUGGUCUAGACAUAGCAGGUUCCUUUGCAGUUCACACAUUCAGAGUGUGGUACUAUCCACCAAAUGGUACAUGUAUUGUCUCUUUGCUCAAGACAGGGAACUUCUAGGAGCAGAACUGCUCCUUGGAAUCCACUGAUAGACAAGCCCAUCGGUUCUCUCGGUAGGUCAGAUGUUUCAUAAUUAGCCUAAUUCACUGAUGAUCCGUUCAGUGGUUAUGACUACAGUGGCAUAAUAUUUCAACUGCAAGGGAAGCACCCCAGACAGCUCCUAAGAAGAGCAGUCAGGCUGGGAAUGGCCGGCGGGGCUUCCUGUAUUAAGAGGAGAGAACCACUGCAUCCUGCUUGGCCAUCCUCCUUGUCUCCCCCAUUAGAUACUGCUCUAAAGACCUAAGGGAGAUGUGCCCAGGACAAGUGUGUGGUUCUUCUCAGUGAGGCUCCAUGGCCCAGCCGAGUAUGAAAGUGAGGCCCGUGCUCCUAAAGCGAAGCAGCCUUGAGUCUGUCGAGCUUGUGAAACAACCACACCACCGCAGGAGCAAAUCGCAGCAAGUGCGAUUCAAGGAAGAUGGGAACAUUAAGAACCCAGCCGGCGAGGUCAACACCCAAACUCCCGAAGACCCAGGCGUAAUGGGGAAGACGCAAGCAGCCAGGCACCAUCACCCCGCCACCUACUCGCUGUCUUUCCCCAGGUCCCACAAGGCGGGAGGCUUCCGCAGCAUCUCUAUCCAGACCUCCCCCAGUCUCAGGAAGCAUUUCCCGGUUUUCAAAAGGAAGAGGCUCACGACUAGCAAGUCCCUGGUAGAAAUGCCAACAGCAUCCCCAAGUGCCAUCCAGGUCAACGGCAACCUAUCUGAACAAGAUAUCGUGUCCUCUGACCUCGCCUUCCUGAGGCUGGCUCAGCAUCUCGAGGAUGGGCCUCGAAGGCUCAAAAUGCCCCACCCAUUUCUCCCCAGGAUGCCCAAGGUGCAAAGCAAUGGGCCUGUUAGCUUCUGCUUAGAAUCUGGGACUUGGAUGUCUUCAGAGAAAGCCACGGCUGCCAUUCAGGUUCCUGAUGACAUUUGUCACAGUCCCACCUGGGAAGCUAGAGAGUCUACUCUCUGCCCAGAAAGCUCGGCGGAAGAGAGCAACUCCAUACCUGCUUUGAUCUCCAUGUGUCCGGGGGAUGGGCAAAGAGUGAUGACGUCAGAUCCGGAAAGAGUACCCGCCUGCUCAAAUAACAACAGCAGUGCCAACAACAUCCAGGGCACGGAGAAACUCACAUCCGAAUUGCUUUUGCCCAAAGCCAACCCUGAUGACAAAGACCUUGGCCUUCCAUCAUCUCAGUCAAAGAAGAUGUGUGUCCCCUCGCCACCACGGACUCACAGCUCACCCGAGCCAGGCUCCCACACCCAGCCAGCCCACCUAGGAAAAGCUUCUGAUUGCCCAGCAUCGAGUGACCAUCACCAGGACCCGGAGUCACUCAGAAGUAGCAGCGCAUUCAAGUCUGUCCCUGUGUGCUGGGAACAUGUGACAAAGCUCCCCCACCAGUCAGACACCCCGGAGCUUCAGACUGCUCUUAGAAGUGAGCGCCUCCCUUCCUCCAUUCCAAGGCAGGAGAACAGAGCCCAGAGCAGCAGGGAGAUAGGAGCGAGUAAUCACAGUCACCUGGCACAGGGAGAGCUCUGUGACCUCCAAGGCCGGCUGCAAUCAGUAGAGGAAUCGCUACACUCAAACCAAGAGAAAAUUAAAGUCCUAUUGAAUGUGAUUCAAGAUCUGGAGAAAGCUCGCGCUCUCACUGAAGGGCGGAACUUUUAUCGGACUGGCCAGGAUCUUAACAACUGCAGCACCUGUCAGAACACGGCGUGCAUCAUAUACAGUGUGGAGUAUGAUUUCCGGCAGCAGGAAGGCAGGUUCCAUGAGGUUCUCCAGAGCCUGGAGGAGGCAGAACCAGCUGAAGAAGCACCUUCCCCACCCAAAUCCCCAGCAGAAGCCCCGGUCCCUGAGAAACAGGACUUACGGCGGAAAAGCAAGAAGGUGAAGAAGAAAUGCUUCUGGUGGAUAUGAGAAGAUUGGGGCUCCCUGUACUCCUUCCUGAGAUGGGGGAAUCCCCUCAAGGCCUCCCUGAUCCUCUGCAAAAGUGCAGGCUGAGAUCUCCUUGACCUGUGACACAGGAGUGCCUCAGAGCGGGUACACCACUGGACACCUGGUCACCAACCUUACCUGAGUGCGUGCCGCUGCUUGCAGAGGAUUUUAUGGAUACUUGCGUGGCCACUCACGUCAGGCUUCAUCCUCAUCUGCUAAGUUCAGAUUCCCACCAUAAGCAAACAUUCCCCUGCAAUCCCAACCCCUUCCCUGGCGUCGGGCAUUCCCUUCCCACCCUGAGAUCAUCAACCCCAAAGAUACAGAAGUAAGUCUGUGUUGUGCGCUGCAGGAAGUGGAGGGUGGUAAGCAAGUACCCUAGAAAACAUCACACAGUAAGCUGGCAGGGUUCUAGGAUUUACUGUACAAAAAAAAAGCACAACGGAAGUGAGCAGGGCCUAACAGUGUCAGGUCGCCCUGAAGGUAUUAAGUUGUCCUCUUUUUCAACUAGCCCUAAGAUUUCAAGUCAAGUGGCUGUCUUCUUGUAAAGUAUGGGGUGUGCUGGGUGUGGCAGAGUAAGGUUGCCCAUGGGUAUUAGGCACGUGUCGUGUGAUCUAUGUGACUAGAACUCAGGUGACUUUCAUAGCCGUAGUCCUUCUGGGGCCACUUAAUUAUCAUAUGUCUCUGUAUGCCCGGUGUGGGGGGCGUAAUUGAGAGGGGCUUUAACUUUAGGGUCAUUAACCUGUUAGCGUUCAUUUACCUGUACCAUUAAGGGUCUUAAGACUCAGCAACUUGUAUGUCAGUAUAUCUUAUCAAGUGACGUUAACAAGGCUUAACUGCAAUAUAGCAUUUUUUCUCAUCCAUGCAACCUUGUGACAACCAUGUAGAUAGGCCCAAACAUGUUACUCUACAGUUACCCUUCCUGGUGACCAGGCUGCGGUCACCUGAUCUAGGAAGAAGCAGGACUGAGAAUAAGCAUGGAAGGUCGUUCUUCCACACAGUUUGAGCUCCUUAAGAUCUAGCUCAUUCUAUUGACAAGACCUUUGCUCAUGGAUGUCCGGUCCAGCUUGCAUGCCAAGCAAACUCCUAAAGCAGUGUAAUUCAGUAAUUGCUACAUACUCGGGCUGAAUAGGAGGCAAGGCUUGGAUACCUUUGCAUAAAGUUCAAUGCUCUGACAGCCUGUGAUUGGACUGACACUGCCAGAAAUGUGAGCUACACCUAAACGCAGAAAGCAUUUUACAACCGCCCCCUUGCCAAAGACCUGGUGUCUGAGUCGAGUCUCUGCUGUGCACGUGGGAUGUGCGUACCCCACUGCCGACCGAGAUUAAUUGAGCAAGCCACCCCAACAAUUUCGCUUCCCCUGUCACAGGGCUGCGGUGCAAAAGCUAUUUCGGGGAGAGUGAGGGAAAUUUGGCAAGGAAUCUGGGCCUGCACUAUUUAAGUCUUGCGAUGUCAUUUGAGAUGUUCUCUCUCUCUGUUUCUAGUGUAAUGUUUAAACCCACAAAGUGAGACCAGAAUCUCUAAUGUCAAGUUAGAAUUAAGAUAAAUAUACUUGUCAUGCUUAAGAAACCACACUUCAAUUAGAUACGUGUUACCACUGGCCAAACGCCACAGCUCUUUCUUUCUGUAUCCACACACUCAGCUCUCGGUCGGCCCCCGGCAAUGGAAAAAAACAGUACAGAGGGCAAUCCAAUACAGCAAACUCAUUUGGGAUCUCUUACAUAAUUUUAUCUUGUAGCGGUGCUUCCAUUUUUAUUUGUUUUGCUUACACUAAUUUCGAGUGAAUUUAUAUUCCAGACUAUCAGGAUGGAACAAGAAUAUCCUUGCACUUAGAUUUCGGAGACCCAGGAAAUAGAAAAGCCUAUCCCACUAACCUGGAGAAAAUUGUGUAACUGUGUCCUUUCUUGACUGGGCAGAAGAAUGACUACUCCCCCUGAUUUCUAAGCCCUGUAUACCUCCUAACAGCUAUGAGAGCUAACUGCAGCCUCUGUACUGGUUUAGCCUGGAGAAGUGAGGAGGAAUCUGGGGUAGCUCUUAUCGGCACAGGUGCACGAUGAGUUAGGGACCUUGCAUCAACUCUGAACUGAGUGAGAUGAGAGUAGGACUGAAAAAUGUUGACACUCCCAGAAAGAAAGUCAACCAAGGUCAUGUGAUUUUUAUACCAAAGCACAACACCACAUCACCUUGCUUAGGCCACACCAAUCUACACCUGGAGAGAAGGCUCCUUCUGGUAAUUAAAUCCUCAACAUCAAUCAGUAUGGGGGGAAAGGAUUGAUAAACACCAGCCUGCUGAACAGAAAGGGUGAUCACUACAUCAAAUAAAAACCAUAACUCAUAUAUACCAAAAUUCUAUACUCUGCUACUCCUGUUGAGUAGCGACGCUUCUUUGUAAAAUAGUAUGUAAUAUGAUAUUCUACAGAAAUGUUAUACUUGAGGUGAUAUGGUUUAAUGGAAAGAGAUUAAUUUAGCAAAAAUUACUUUUAUGAAACGGAAGGAGAAAGGACUGAUUGGCCCGUUUAACUUGCAGGGGUUUAAUGUAGCUGCUCCCUCUGUACGUAAAACACUCGGUUAUCGUCCCUGGAACUUAAUGCCAGCUCAUCUGUAGAGCGCCUUCUCGAAGACAAUGUAUCACUGUAAGGUUUUGUAAAUUUCUAAACUGUUUUAAAUGGGAUAUUAUCUUUUGCAAUAAACUUAAGUAUUUUUCCUAGG